AUGGACGCCUUGGGAAGUAAAAGACAAAAAAGCUUUUUCAUUAGCAAUUCUUUGCAUGCAAGUCUCAACCCCCGUGGACUUAACAUGGAGGAGUCCCAAGCAUGUGGGCACAUGAGAGUAGUUUCUGAGCAUGUGACUACUGGGGUUAAAGAUUGA